AUGGGACCUGAAGGAGAGCCAGGAAUUCCAGGUUAUGGGGGUCACCAGGGUCCUCCAGGGUCCCCAGGGCCCCCAGGACCCAAAGGAGAAAAGGGUUACCCAGGAGAAGACAAUACAGUUCUUGGACCACCUGGGCCCAUAGGUGAACCAGGUCCUAGUGGAGAACGUGGAGAUAGAGGAGAACCUGGUGAUGAGGGCUACAAAGGUCAUAUAGGUCUUCCAGGGCUUAGAGGACCUAUUGGACAACAGGGACCUCCAGGAGACCCAGGUGAAUUGGGAGAGCAAGGACCAAAAGGAGAAAGAGGUUCAGAAGGUAAUAAAGGAAACUCAGGCUUACCAGGUCUGGCAGGUUAUCCUGGAGCUCGAGGUCCCAAGGGAUUGCCAGGCAUGCCAGGGCCCAUGGGAGCACCUGGACUAAAGGGUGAGAAGGGGCUUCUGGGCCAUCCAGGAAAGCGAGGAAAAAGAGGCCUUCCAGGAUCACCAGGUGACCAAGGACCAGCAGGAGAUGCUGGACUGAAAGGACAGACUGGAGAAGAUGGAGAUCAAGGUUUAAUGGGGUUUCAAGGAUUCCCAGGUCCAAAAGGUCCUGCAGGGGACAUUGGCUUAGUUGGAAUUCUGGGCCCAAAAGGUCCAACAGGCCAAGUUGGAUAUAUUGGCCCUGUUGGUCAAGAAGGCAUAACAGGCCCAACUGGCAGGCCUGGACCAAGAGGUGAAAAAGGCACACGGGGUGAAAUGGGGCCUCAGGGACCUCAGGGCCAGCCAGGGCCACCUGGACCACCUGGACCACCAGGACCAAGAAAACAAGUGGACAUCAAUGCUGCUGUUCAAGCUUUGAUUGAGUCAAAUGCUGCACUGCAGAUGGAGAAAUACCAGAAUACUGAAGUAACUUUACUAGAUCACAGUACAGAGAUAUUCAAAACACUGCACUACCUUAGCAAUUUACUGCACAGCAUCAAGAACCCCCUUGGCACAAGGGAUAACCCAGCACGCGUCUGCAGGGAUUUGCUCAACUGUGAACGUAAAGUGGCAGAUGGAAAAUACUGGAUUGACCCAAAUAUUGGAUGUCCUUCUGAUGCCAUUGAAGUUUUCUGCAACUUCACUGCAGGUGGUCAGACAUGUUUAAUGCCACUGUCUGUGACAAAGCUGGAGUUUGGCGUUGGAAAAGUGCAGAUGAACUUCCUUCAUUUACUGAGUUCAGAAGCAACCCACAGCAUCACAGUUCACUGUCUGAACACACCGGCGUGGGGAUUAAAUGAAGCAGGUGGCCAGAAAACAUCUGUUAGCUUCAAAGGAUGGAAUGGUCAAAUAUUUAAAGCAAAUACACUGCAUAAACCAAAGGUGCUUAUGGAUGAAUGCAUGAUUGCAGAUGGCAGCUGGCACAAGACACAGUUCUUUUUUCACACUCAGGACACUAAUCAGCUUCCAGUUGUUCAAGUUAACGCACUUCCUCAUCUCAAACCAGGACAGCAGCACUUCAUAGAAAGUGGUUCAGUGUGCUUCCUUUAAGGUUUCUGUCGUGCUUUUUGUGUGUCAACGUGGAAUUGCUGCAUUGAAUGAAUGCAAAAGUAGUGAUCCAUUAGGGAACUGAAGAAUCAUUUUGAACAGUGUUGGUUAAAGAACUUCAGGAAGAA